AAGAGAGGGGCUGCGUGUGGGGAGGUUUGUGAGAACAGACGCCAAAGACCCACUUUCGGAGAGAAAGAAAGCACAUCUGCACAUAUGAUGCUGUUGGUGCAACUGGUCUUGCUCACGGUUCUCGUCCCAGGUGGUGACAGUGACGACGACUUCCAGGAGCCGAGCUCCUUCCGAAUCAUCCUGACAAUAUCCUUUUACAAUCAUUCCCGGACGCGAUAUCACGUCUCAGCUUGGCUGGAUGAGCUUCAGACUCAUAGCUGGGACAGCAAGAAGGGAAUUUUCGUGAACAAGCUCCCUUGGUCCAAGGGCAACUUCAGCAACAAGGAGCUGAUGGAACAGGAAAGGGCAAUACAGGCAGCUUCCAUUAGAAUUCCUCUGAUAUUUCAGGACCACGUCAGUCAAUGGCAGCUUGAAUAUCCCUUUCAGGUUCAGGUGGUCAAAGGCUGUGAGAUGCCCUUUGGAGAGGCACCAGUAGGAUUUAAGCGGAUUGCAUAUGAAGGAUCAGAUCUCAUGAGCUUCCAUAACAUGUCAUGGUGGCCAUCUCCAAAGGGAGGAAGGAGGGCUCAGCAGGUCUGCAAUCUAUUCAAUCAGUACCACGUGGUCAACAUGAGAAUACAGACACAUAUUAAUGACCUCUGUCCCCGUUUCCUCUUGGCUUUACUUGAUGCAGGGAAGGCAGCUCUGCAGCGACAAGUGAAGCCAGAGGCCUGGCUGUCCACUGGCCCCAGUCCGGGUCCUGGCCGUCUGCUCCUUGUGUGCCAUGUCUCUGGUUUCUACCCAAAGCCCGUGCGGGUGACGUGGAUGCAGGGUGAGCAGGAGAGGCAGAGCACCCGACGAAGCGACGUCUUGCCCCAUGCUGACGGGACAUGGUAUCUUCAGACGUCCUUGGACGUGGAAGCCAGAGAGGCAGCUGGCCUGUCUUGCCGAGUGAGACACAGCAGUCUAGGAGGCCAGGCCAUGGUCCUCUACUGGGAGCAGCACCGCCCCGUGGACUUGGUCUUCCUGGUGGUGCUGGUGCCCCUGGUGCUUCUGGCAGGUCUUGCAUUCUGGUUCUGGAAGCGCUGGAAAUCACACUGGAGACCUCAGUGCACUGGCCUCCCUUUGGAGAGAGAUCCCAGCAGCCCAGGACCAGGACGUCCCUAAACCCAUCUCAGCAGUGAUGGACCAGCAAGUCCCUAUGUGCAGCUUUUGUCUUUCCUUUCUGCUCAGGCAUCAGUUGUCAGUAUAAGCUGAGUGUCGUUUAACAGGAAUUCUUGUUCUGACCUGAGUCUCUGACUUAAAUCUCAAAAUUAUCUUAGAGUAAAAUGAAGUCUGAGGACCUCCAUGGGUCACGGACAUCUUGUGUCACUUCCUCCCAUGCACCUUCUCUGGUCUGCAUAGUGGAAGCAGUCUCUGCUUGGUGGGAAUUUCCACCACUUUAACCUGCACUGUGGAUAAUCUACACCCAGUUCUUAUCUGUUUUUGCCCUGCAUUUAGGUCCCUUUUCCCUUCUAAUUCCUAGGUCUCUUGAGUGCAAAGCCCACGUCUUUUUAAUAUUCGUAUCCUUGGCAAGGAGUCUCGCCUGCAUGGCAUAUGUCCUCAAUAAAAGUCUGUGUUGAAUU